AAUGGUCAUGCAGAAAUUAAGGAGAUAUCCCACACACUCUGUUGUGCAUGUCCACACAGAUACACAGUAACUGUGUAUCUGUGUGUUCUAAACUGCCCUUUAGAAGGCAAACAAAUCUCAAUUUUAGUGACCAAAAACUCAGUUUGCGAUUAGGUGAGAGGCCAAAAAUGCUGGUCCUAAAACACUUUUUCAUAAACAUUCUCACACACGGACAAGUAGCACGCCUGCACUGUUUAUGGGAGACUUGGAAUAUACCGUUUUCAUUUCAUUUAUUGCAUUUAUUUGACUCACGACCAUAUCACAUAGUAUGGAGUACAAACAUUACACGCAAUAAUAAAACAUAAAACUAUUAAACUUAGACAAAGGAAGGACAUUUCUCAAAAAGCUCCUAGUUUCCAAAUUACUUUUGGCUUAUCUGGUUGUAAUAACAAAAUUAACUUAAAGAUAGAUGGACAGUUUAAAUAAUACUUUGGCAAAUACUUUUCUCUGUAAGUCAUUAAGCUCACAUUCUGACAAUUAUCAUCACAGCGCUGCAGAUCCUCUGGUUACUGUCCAGCCCUUUAUAUCUUCCAGCAGCUGUAGGAAUUCUGGUGUUAUUUACUCUAAAAUUACAAAUAGCCUGUCUGUACUUUUGGUUUUCAUGCAACAGAUAUGUCUCCAGUUUAAAUUCUUACACUUUUGUGUGAACCAGAGGUGAGACAAGCCACAUUCAUCCAAUAUCUGUUUAACCUGUAAGACCCAUGGUGACACAUACACACCCGUAUUAUGCAGGCUGAGCAAAAAGUUGUACAUUAUUUGACUGAGUUUAGUCUGUUCACCGUCUAUCAGCCUCCCCCAGUAGCCAAUAUACUCUUUUUUAACUCCAGUACAGAGAAGAUGUCUUCAUAACUCCCCAAAGUCCUCACAAAUUCAAAGUAGUAUUGGCAAAUGAUCAUUUUGGGUAUUCCUUUAAGUGGCUGGUCGGGUAUGCAGAAAGUAGCUUCACUGUGUCUUUUUGAGUACAUUGUGAACAUUUUUAGUUUCCCUUAUGACAGUGUUUAGUUGGCACAUAAGCCCACUCAGUUAUAUCAGCUGGCAUAUGUUAAUGACAUUCAGGCUAAGUCAGGGUAACCUGGUAAUUGGCUUGAAUCAACAUGCAGACCAGCAUUCUCACAUCACGUUAUCACAUGUUUGUUUGGGUUGUUUUGAUGUCCAUUUUUAUGCAUUCAGCCCGACUGUGUGUUGCAUUUUCCCUUUUGUUUGCUUUUUUUCUUCUUUUUUAUGGCCCAAUUCCCAUUUCAGAGAACAAUCUCCGCUAACUGACGAACAGUUGGUAGCAGGGUUCUCCGACAUCAUCCUCGCCACCAUCCUGGCCACCAAAUCAGACAUGUGCGGGAAGAAGUUUGAACUGAAGAUAGACAAUGUUCGAUUUGUGGGUCACCCUACUCUCCUGCAGCAUCCUCCCAUCAUCCAGGUUUCAAAGACAGAUCCCUCACCUAAGAGAGAAAUGCCCACGAUGAUCCUGUUUAAUGUGGUGUUUGCACUACGGGCGAACGCUGACCCGUCUGUAAUCAGCUGCAUGCACAACUUGUCACGACGUAUCGCCAUAGCCCUGCAGCAUGAAGAGCGCCGCUGCCAGUAUUUGACCAGAGAGGCCAAACUGAUGUUGGCUGUCCAGGAUGAGAUCACCACUGUGACAGACACGGAUGGAAGCCCCCAGUCCCCAUUUAGACAGAUUCUUCCUAAAUGUAAACUAGCCAGAGACCUGAAGGAGGCUUAUGACAGCCUUUGCACGACCGGCGUGGUGCGACUACAUAUUAACUCCUGGCUUGAGGUGAGCUUCUGUUUACCACACAAGAUCCACAGGAUUGGCGGCAACUACAUCCCCCCUGAGGCGCUAGAGCGCAGCCUCAAGGCUAUAAGACCCUAUCAUGCCCUGCUGCUGCUGGAAAGUGAGAAGGAACUGCUGAGCCAGCUGCCUCUGGACUGCUCGCCCGCGAUGGUGCGCCUCAUCAAAACAUGCUCGGCGGUGAAAAACCUGCAGCAGCUCGCACAGGAUGCUGACCUGGCUUUACUUCAGAUCUUUCAAAUUGCUGCUCACUUGGUUUACUGGGGCAAAGCGAUCAUCAUCUACCCGCUGUGUGAGAACAACGUCUACAUGCUGUCUCCUCAUGCCAACAUCUGCCUAUACUCACCAUUGGCUCAACAGUUUGCACAACAGUUUCCUGGUCACGAUCUACCCUCCAUGUUAGCCAAGUUCUCACUUCCUGUCUCACUGGCUGAGUUCAGAAACCCCCUGGAAGCUCCUGCACAGGAGGCCCAGCUGAUCCAGAUGGUGGUGUGGAUGCUCCAGCGCCGCCUGCUGAUCCAGCUGCACACUUACGUCUGCCUGUUGGUACCGCCCAGCGAAGAUGAGCCCGGGAUGAGGGAUGAAGACCCUCCGCUGGCCGCCCGAGUAGGAGGCCGCAGUCUCAGCACCCCUAGCGCCCUCAGCUUCGGCUCCCCAACCAGCAGUGAUGACAUGACCCUCACCAGUCCCAGUAUGGACAACUCCAGUGCAGAGCUACUACCUGGUGGUGACUCUCCGCUCAACAAGAGGAUGACAGAGACGCUGCUCGCCAGCCUGUCAGAGCAUGAGAGGCAGGUUAUUCUUAACAUCCCUGCUGCACAGAAUCCAGAGGAUCUGCGGCUGUUUGCCAGGCUGCUGCACUAUUUCCGGGGACAUCACCACCUGGAGGAGAUUAUGUACAAUGAGAACAUGAGGCGCUCGCAGCUCAAGACACUGUUUGACAAGUUCCGUAGUGUCCUUGUGGUGACCAACCACGAGGACCCGAUUAUUUCAAUCUUCCAGUCACCCAUGGAGUAGCGGCACAGAGACGGUAUCAGCUCUCACCGACUGGAAGAGAUGUCAGCCUGAAAGCAGUUAAUGGCCCGCUGUGCUCACAGCUAAGUGCUAUUGCUCGACAGUGAUUUAAAAUGAACUGACACAGUGACGGUUUAAUGAGCGCAGAUUUAUGAAAUGUACAAAGUGUUUUUUUCCUUUAUGAGCCAAAUGUUUGUUUACAAUAUUAAAUUAUUUUGUACUUAUCAGAAA